UACACCCUCCCUUCACCGCUCUACCCUUUUUUUCUAUCGCCCUCCAGAGGAAUGAAUGCCAUAGAGAGAUCCAAAGUCUGACCAUUCCUGCGAUAUACUGCGGCUAUACCGCCCCGGCAUCGCUUCGCCGACAGGCCUUGCCACCCACCACGUUCGACCAGUUCAUAUCGAUCAAUCGAGAGAUCGUGUCGCCUUUGAUCCGCUCCGUACACUGUAACAACUAUAUACACCAUGACAGACUUGGAACCCUUUCUUGAAGAUGAUCGCUCGAUGGAGCUAUCGACCAUUGCUGCCAUCUACCCGGAGAUCAAGAUAGACGAUUCGUCUCCCUUCAAAGCAUCUCUCAACAUACCAGUCAAGCCUUCUGCCCCACUGCGCGUGUGUUUUCAGCAACAAUCGGAGGCAGAGUUCCCCGCCGUUUUGACUCCCCCGACCUCGAUUGAUGCCAACGAAGUUGGGUUUCCUUUCAAGGCCGGAGAACAAAAUCCCACGGCUGGUCUCAAUCGGGAUGUUCACGUCCUCUCACAUCUUCCCACCCUCGGUCUCGAGAUUGAACUUCCCGAAGGUUAUCCUUCCGAAAAACCACCCAUCUUCAGGCUGGAAACAAGCCCACCAUGGCUACCACCCUCAAUAGUCUCGAGUCUCUUGGAGGAUGGGAAGCGCCUCUGGGAGGAAUGUGGGAAAGACCUCGUGGUAUAUACAUAUAUUGACCAUCUCCAGCAACUGGGAGAGUCGGCUUUUGGUGUUGGAGACAUGUCCGGCGGUGAAGUUCAACUUUCCCGUGAGUUGAAGAUCGCAUUGCUAGACUUCAACAACAAGGCUGAGCGCGAGAAGUUCGAAGAAGAGACAUUCGAGUGCGGAGUCUGUCUGGAGCCCAAGAAGGGGACAAUGUGCCACCGACUUGUACUUUGUGGGCAUGUCUUCUGUGUCUCAUGUCUCCAAGACUUCUACAACACCUGUAUAACGGAGGGCGACGUCGAAGGUGUCAAGUGCCUGGCUCCUGACUGUGGCAAAGAGCCGAAUCUCAGCUCUGCAGACGUCCAAGUGAAGAAACGCAAAAAACAGGACCGAACCCUGAGCCCUAGCGAGCUCCUCCAAAUUCCCUUGGAGCAAGAUAUAGUGCAGCGAUAUGUAUUUCUGAAACGGAAGAAAAAGCUCGAGGCAGAUAAGUCGACUGUGUAUUGUCCUCGACAAUGGUGUCAAGGCGCGGCACGCUCAAAGAAGCACCCUAAGCCUGCGGAUCCAAUGGCGGAUAACUUCGACGCCUCCGAUGACGAAGAUGAAGAUGGACCCAUGUUCGACCCUCUUGGAGAUGAGGCUCAGCUGCCACCAAUGGCCGAUCGGGUGGCAAUCUGUGAAGAUUGCAAUUACGCCUUUUGCUGUGUUUGUAAGAAGGGCUGGCAUGGCGAAUUAGUACGCUGCUUUCCGCGUCGGGAUGCGGAGUUAUCGGCGGAGGAGAAAGCAACAGAAGAUUACUUGCGUCUAUACACCUCAGCCUGUCCGACAUGCAAUGCUCCCUGCCAGAAGCAGAUGGGCUGCAACCAUAUGAAAUGCUUCAAGUGUGACACACACUUUUGUUAUCUUUGCUCUAGUUGGCUCUGCGAAGAUAAUCCAUAUCGGCACUUCAACGACAUCAACAGUGGAUGCUUCAACCGACUGUGGGAUCUGGAGGGUGGCGAUGGUAUCAAUCCCGAUGGAGCUGCGGCUUUGCAUCAAGUACCAGACGAACUGCUUGAGUUCGACGAUGGUAGUGACGACGAGGAUCUUGUGGCAUGGGAGCUCGGAAGACGACCUCCACCCCCUGCCCCAGUGCCUCCAAGAGUCAACAACGCAGCAGCUGGGGCCAAUCGCCCACGUGGAAACAACGCCAACGACCUAGACGCAGCCGGUCGGGCAGCAGCAGCCGAAAGACAGGCUCAAGCACGAGCAAUGGCCGAGGUUCGUCGUCGUCCAGAUGCAGAGCCUCUCCAAGUCCGACGGCCAGGACUCCAAAGGUUUCUGGACUUGGUCCAAAAUGACCGGGAAGACGAAUGGGACAGUGACGAGCUAGAUGACGAUUUCUAGCAUCUCCUUAGCAACACCUAUUACACAACAUCAAACCCCUCAACGCGUCGCUCUCCCACACCAAUUCCAGUUCCCCAAAAGUAUCGGGUUCUUCUAAUACAUACUUUUUGAUAUCCCUCAUCCUUCUUGCAGGGAUAUCUCGUGUCAUGACUCAUGUACGUUCCGAAACUGCCAUAUAACUAUGACUUUGAUGACUCUGCAUGCAUUCUGCAUUCUGUAUUAGCGGACCGUUUAUUGGCUUUGGGCAUCAUUGUUUCAUCCUCUUGCAUCGCUUUCCCUUUUGCGUUCAUCAAUUGCCCACCCUAUGUUAAGUAUCCCUACAUCACAUCCAUGUAUAUCAUGACUCCUCUGUUCAAAAGCAUCCCUUCACCCGUCUAUCCAUCGACUAGAAC